AUGGCCUGGAACACCAACCUGCGCUGGCGGCUGCCGCUCGCCUGCCUGCUGCUGCAGGCGGCCCUGGUGGUCCUCUUCGGCGCGUUCGUGCGCUACGACCCCGACGCCGACGCGCACUGGGUGGCGGAGAAGCGCUCCCGGAACAUCUCCAGCGACCUGGACAACGAGUUCUACUACCGCUACCCGAGCUUCCAGGACGUGCACGUGAUGAUCUUCGUGGGCUUCGGCUUCCUCAUGACCUUCCUGCAGCGCUACGGCUACGGCGCGGUGGGCUUCAACUUCCUGCUGGCGGCCUUCGGCAUCCAGUGGGCGCUGCUCAUGCAGGGCUGGUUCCACUCCUUCCGACAGGGCUACAUUUUCGUGAGCGUGGAGAACCUCAUCAACGCCGACUUCUGCAUGGGCUCGGUCUGCGUGGCCUUUGGGGCGGUUCUGGGCAAAGUCAGCCCGGUGCAGCUGCUCCUCAUGACCCUCUUCCAAGUGACCCUGUUCGCCGUGAACGAGUUCAUUCUCCUCAGCCUGCUGGCGGUGAAGGAUGCAGGGGGCUCCAUGACCAUCCACACCUUCGGCGCCUACUUCGGCCUCACGGUGACGUGGGUACUGCAGCGACCCAACCUGCAGCAGAGCGAGGGGAGGCAAGGCGCCGUGUACCACUCGGACCUGUUCGCCAUGAUUGGCACCCUCUUCCUGUGGAUGUACUGGCCGAGCUUCAACUCAGCCGUGUCCAAGCAUGGGGACGCCCAGCACCGAGCUGCCAUCAACACCUACUGCUCCCUGGCUGCCUGCGUGCUGACCACGGUGGCACUGUCCAGCGCCCUGCACAAGAAGGGCAAGCUGGACAUGGUGCACAUCCAGAAUGCCACGCUGGCCGGAGGGGUGGCCGUGGGCACGGCCGCGGAGAUGAUGCUCAUGCCCUACGGUGCCCUCGUCACCGGCUUCCUCUGCGGCAUCAUCUCCACGCUGGGCUUCGUGUACCUGACGGAGCAGUUACGGGAAAUCGGGGCUCGCGAGGCCGUGGCUGGCACGUGA